AUGGAGGGACAAAGAGCUCAGUCGUCCUACAGGAAGCGUUUCGGGGCCCCGCCGGGGACCGGGGGGCGCCCCAGCAUCUCCUCGGUGCGCUACUCGGUCCGGCGCGGGCCGAACGCGGUGCCGCUGGGCCUGGGGGCACCCGACCGGCUGGACUUCGCGGCCGACUCGGCGCUGAAGGCGCUGUUCCGCGAGACGCGCGCCAGCGAGAAGCUCCAGCUGGCCGGCCUGAACGACCGCUUCGCCAGCUACAUCGAGAAGGUGCGCUACCUGGAGCAGCAGAACAAGCUGCUGGCCACCGAGCUGAACCAGCUGCGCGGCAGGGAGCCCAGCCGCCUGGGCGAGGUCUACCAGGAGGAGCUCCGCCUGCUGCGCCGGCAGGCCGAAGCGCUCGCCGCCGGCAAGGCCCGUCUGGAGACCGAGCGCGACAACCUGGCCGGCGACCUGGCCACCCUCAAGCAGAGGCUGCAGGAUGAGAUCACCCUUCGCGUGGAGGCAGAGAACAGCCUCAACUCGUUCCGGCAGGAUGUGGACGAAGCCGCCAUGAACCGUGUUCAGCUGGAGAAGAAGAUCGACAGCCUGCAGGAGGAGAUCAACUUCCUGAGGAAGGUCCAUGAGGAAGAGCUGCGUGACCUGCAGGUGCAGAUGAUGGCACAGCAAGUGCAGGUGGACGUGGAUGUUUCCAAGCCGGACCUGACGACCGCCCUGAAGGACAUCCGCAUCCAAUAUGAGGCCAUGGCUGCCUCCAACAUGCAGGAGACUGAGGAGUGGUACCGGUCCAAGUUUAUCGACCUGACUGACGCGGCCAAUCGCAACGGGGAAGCCCUUCGACAGGCCAAGCAGGAGGCCAAUGACUACCGGCGGCAGAUCCAGGCCCUCACCUGUGACCUGGAUGCGCUACGUGGGACAAACGAGUCUCUGGAGCGGCAGCUGAUGGAGAAGGAAGACCGCUUCGCCGUGGAGACGGCCGACUACCACGACCACGUGGGCCGGCUGGAGGUGGAGAUCCAGGGCCUGAAGGAGGAGAUGGCCCGCCACCUGCAAGAGUACCAGGACCUGCUCAACGUCAAACUGGCCCUGGACAUCGAGAUCGCCACCUACCGCAAGCUGCUGGAGGGGGAGGAGAGCCGGAUCACUGUCCCUGUUCAGAGCUUCUCCAGCCUGCAAUUCAGAGAGACCAGCAUGGACACCCGACUGUCCCCUGAGGCUCACGUCAAGAGGAGCAUCCUGGUGCGGACAGUGGAGACGCGCGACGGAGAGAUCAUUAAGGAGUCCACUGCCGAGAGGAAGGAGCUGCCGUAGCAGAGGGAGUCUGGGGACAGCUAUGGGCAUCACUCUCCUACGUCCCCCUCUUAAUACUUAACCGCCAUGACCUGUGCUGACCCCACGACUAUCCAACCCCCCAUCCCAGACUACAA